AUGGCGGACCCCCUGUACGAGCUUCUUCAACCAUACCUAGAGUCCUCUUCUCAACAGUCCUCAUCAUCGCCAUCCUCCUCAUCCUCCCUUUACAGCCCCGAAAUCUCCCAGUAUCUCUCUCGUCUAGUCUCGCUGCGUCUGAGCGAUCUAACGACCACCGAACCCCAAUCACUCGCCCAAGCUCAACACUCAAACCUGCUCUCCCUCCAGGCCCUCUCAUCCCGCUCCUACCGCACGACCACCACUUCAUCAGACCACCUCGGCACGCUCGGGACAUCACUGCCCCGAAUUUCGGCGGCAGUCGAAUCUAUCAGACAGAGCAUCCCCGAAUUGGACGCCAGCGCCGUGACAUUCGCUUCCACGUACAGCCACAACCGCUCGGGGAACGAAACCGCGGGAGAGCAGAGCAAAAGCGCCGCCGCUCUCCUCACGGCGCGACGAAAUGCGGCCCUGCUCGCCCGCCAAGCAGACAAGGCGCAAGAUAUUCUCGAACUGCCCUCGCUUUUACGAGCAUCUAUCGCCGCUGCGUCCGCUUCCACUUCCACCAGCUCUACUUCGUCUUCGUCCGCGAACUACACGCAAGCGCUGGACCUCUUCGCGCACAUCAAGCGUCUGCAGAUCCUGUAUCCGGACUCGCAGCUCGUGCGGGCCGUGCUCGCCGACGCCGAACUCGCCAUGAAGGACAUGACGACCAACCUGAUCGCCUCUCUCAAAGGGCCGAACCUUCGCCUCGCACCGGCAAUCAGGAUGAUCGGCUGGUUGCGCCGCGUUGCACCGGAGUUGGCCACGGGUACGGCCACGACCUCAGCUCCAGCUACCGCUACCGCCAGCGCACCCACUACGUUGUUUUCGCAAAUGGGAUCACCAUCUGUGGCGCCACCCGCGCAGCAGGACGAAGGCCACUUCGGCGCCCUCUUCCUCGUCGCCAGACUAUGCACCUUCCUCAGCAUGACCGAGGCGCUCGCGCCACUCCGCGAUCUCGCGGAUCAAGAGACUCAAGCGCGCAGGGAGAAUGUCGCGCAGAAUCGAAAUGGCAAUGCCAACGCCAACGCCAACCGCAAUCUUGCGGGGCCCUUGCGCCCCCAACACCCGUCGCGCAAGGCUAGCGGAAGCGGAGGGUAUAUUCCCCAAGUCGCGGGCCAGCAGACCGAACGGUACCUGAAACGCUAUAUCGAGAUCUUCCGCGAGCAGUCCUUCGCCACGAUUUCAAUGUACCGCAACAUCUUUUCCCCUGUCGAGGGAACGGGAAGAGGGACAGGGGUAGCACCGGCCCCGACCGCUUCCGCGCCAUCCUCAUCACUUCCGUCGCUGGACUUGGAUCUCGCAUUGCCGCCCGCGCUGCAGACCUUCCCGCUCUACCUGGUGGGGAUCUUCAUGGCUACGCUCAAGGAGUACUUGCCUAAUGUGACGGACGCCACGGCACGAGAAAGCUUGCUCAUGCAGGUCCUGUACGCGGCCAAUAGUCUGGGACGACUGGGUGCGGAUUUCAGUCUACUGAUUGCGGAACUUUACGAGGAAGACGAGGCCGAGAGCUACGAAGCUGUGUCGCCGCCCACGGUACAGAAGGGAGAUACUGCGGAAGCCCCGGCCGAGGAAAGCGUAGCUGCUGGAUCGAAUGGAGCUGUUUCACUUGAGGAAAUGUCGAACCAAGGUGAAGCCGCGCGCGAGUCCAGGCCAAUGCCUGAGCCCGAGUGGAUCACCGUGGUCAAGAAACACCGUGUCCAAGCAGCAAGGCUAGAAGCCCUAGCAGCCGGGCAGGAACGAGUGGUGCAAAGACAAGGCUCUAUGGAUGUUGCCGUUCGAUAG